GUCCGUAAAGAAGAAUUCUUUCUAACGGCUAGUUUAUAGAUUUAAACACUCAACUCCUCCCCGGUUAUCAUCAACAAGUCUGGUUAGCUACGAUCGCGAUUCACGACGCUCUCUUUCUCUCUCUAUAUAUAUAUACAUAUAUAUAGAUUAGGUAUAUUUCUGGAAAAUUAAACAUGGCGGAGAAACACAGAUUCUCGGCUCCGUCUACCAGAAAUGAAGAUAAUGAAGUCAAAAGAGAAGAUGAUGAAGAGAUCUACGAGAAUAUUGAAGCGCCAAAGUUCGUUGACUUCACCAAGCCUGAACAACACCUCAAUCGAAUCGACGAUCGCUACUGGUUCUGCCUUCGAGUAGGAUGUGACCAAAAACAUGAAGAAGAGUUGGAUCAUGAAACGAUCUCAAAAAACUUUGUUCUUAGAGUCAUGGCAGCCAGAAGUCCCAAUGUAAGAUUGAACAAGAUAAUGAACAGGAAGACUUCCAGCAGGCCAUUGAAAUGUCCACUUUCAGUUCCAGCAAAACCUUCAAAGUCCAGACUAUCAAGGCUAGCAUUGAUUUCAUCUUUUUCUAAGAAGAAAAAGUUGGUUGAAAACCCAAAAGAAAAACUCCAACAGCAGCCUUCAAACCCUAACCUAAAUUCAACCCCAAAACUCCAAAAAGUAAGAACGGUGGCUGCUAAGUACUUAACUACUCCAAGAAACAGAAAGAGUCUCCUUCCAAAACACAACACCUUUCACAGCGUUCAGAAUAACAUGAAGUCAAGUAGGAUCUCAGUUCCCAAGAGUGGCAGAAUGAUUGCAAAGGCUUUGUCAUUUAACUCCCCCAAGAAGGGAAUAACCUUAAAGUCCUCAGCAGAACUGAAGACGCCAUUAUCAAAGAUCUGCAAAGGAAUGAAGAAACUGAGACUGGAACAGCAGUCUGUUCCUGCGAAACAGGGCACUUCCAUUAAAGACAGAAGCAAGGUCAAGAAAGUUGUAUGCAAUGAGAAGAAUGUCAAAACUAAGAGUAAAGAAGUAGAGAGUUCAAAGAAGAAACCUCUUAUUAGAUCCAAUGAAGUUGAUGGGGAGCUGCCGGAGAAAGAAGGAACAGUAAUCAUACAGGAAACUGCUGUUCCAUCUGUAGGUAACUAUGAUACAGAGGAGGACAAAGAAAAUGCUUUGAUCUCAGAAAAUAGUAACAGUGAUAAUGGAGCACAAACGCAAACACAAAUGCAAACGAUUGAAAGAGAAAACUUGGUAGUUGGCAGCAAGAAUGAAACAAGUAGCAGCAGCAAACAACAUACUUGUCAAGCCAAAGAGCAGAUAUCCAAAGAUGGUGGGUUAAAGAAGUACAAAAAGCUUACAGUGACCAAUCCCAAACCGUUCAGGCUGAGGACUGAUGAGAGAGGAAUUCUCAAGGAAGCAGUUCUGGAAAGGAAAAUCUUAACUCCAGUUCCUCAAACAGCAGAGGAAGCUGCAACUGUCUCAACAAAAUGUGAAAAUGGAAGGAGGACUGCUGCUGAUUCAGUAGUAGUAAGUCAAGCAAAGAAGAAAUCAUCAUCACCACCAUCACCGCUUAAGUUGAUCGCCAAACCUAUAGGGAUAAGCACCACCACCACCACUACCAAAAGACCAGAUAUAAAGAAGCUGCUGACCCCAGUUAAGGAAAAGGAUAAACCAAGAAAGACUCUAAAAGAAGCAGCAUCCUCGGCUAAGUCAACUUCAAAGGGAAAACGGCCCAUUGCAGUUGUUGGUCCAAAGGAGGAGUCGAAUCAGAAAACCAUUUGCAAGCAGAAGGAUCGUCGAACUGUGAUUCGAAUUUGAAAUUGUAAUGUUUGCAUUUGAAAUUGGGAUGUGCUAUUAUUGUUCUUAUAUAUAGUUUAUAUUCUUUCUGUUGUUGUAGCUGUUCAGGUUCCAAUUGAAUUGCUUGUUCUGUUAUCCAAGUCUUGCAUUUGGUGUGUCAAAUUGAGCAGACUUCAUUCCAUUGAUUUAUUUGUUUCU